AUGACUGGACAAAUGUUUAUAUCUGUUUACGAUGAUACACAUGAUAAGUUUGCUGAUAAAAUCGAAUACGAUUUAUGGCGUAUUAAUAAUACUGAUCGUAUUUUUAUAAAACAUGAUAUAGUUCAUGAGAAUAAUCAAAAUAUAUUAUUUACAGUAAAUACAAUUGAUGAUUUUGGUUGUUAUGACGUAGUUCUAAAUAUAAAAGAUUAUUUUGAACGUUUUAAUGAAAAUAUUGAUUUACCUACUAGUCAAUAUACUAUUCCUGUUGGUAUGAAUGAACUUGAUAAAUCUUAUCAUUUAGGUAUUCAUAUCACACCAACUCAAGUUUCAUGUGUUUUAUAA